GAGUAUGCGCUUUUUAAAAAAUUAAAGUAGUCACGAUUCUUUCCGCAAAGCUCUCAUUCCGCAAACUCCUGGAGCGGCGAAGUUCAACCGGCCAGGAGUAAAGAUGGCGGCGGCCAGGCUGCCCAUUCGAGACAUGGCUGCUGCCUCCGCCGCCCCGCAGAGCGAGAUGCCGCCUGCCUUGGGGCUGUGGCUGGGAGACCCGGAUGAGAGGGUGUCAUGCCCUUAUGAUAAGAACCAUCAGAUCCCAAAAUCUUCCCUGGAAAAGCAUAUGGUGUCCUGUAGGCUGAGGAAACUACAGUAUUCCAAAGCUGAAGAGGCUGAAAUGUAUGAUUCUUCUUUUUUCUAUGAAAAGGCAAAGAUACCUACUGUUCUGAUGGAUAAGAAUUUACAGUUCCACAUUAUUGAAAAAGCUGCUGCUACUGAUAGUGGAAGUUAUUGUCCAGGUGCUUAUUCUGGUCUGCCUGUUGAAGUCCCACAAAAUCACAAGCGUUCCAUCUGUGAUCUGACCCAAGCUGAUCGCCUCGCAAUCUAUGAUUAUGUCCUCACGGAAACAAAGAACCAGAGAUCAAGAUCCCAGCUGACAGAAAAUGACAGUGAUCUCUUUGUUGACUUGGCAGCAAAAGUCAACCAAGAUGAUGGUCAGAAGGGUCCAAAAUCCCAUCUUGAAAUUCUCGCAGAGAUGCGGGAUUAUAAAAGACGGCGGCAGUCCUACAGAGCUAAAAACGUUCACAUCACAAAGAAAUCCUACACAGAGGUGAUUCGGGAUGUGAUCGGGGUGCACAUGGAAGAACUUGCCACACAUUGGCAGGAAGAAAACAAGAACAUAGAGACUUGUGAAGAUGGAGGGUCAUCUUUCUCAGCAAAGCCUUCAGGAAGAAAGGAAGAGCGUAGAUCUGCAUCAACUGAUUCAAGACAGUCCUGUGGCAGCUCAAAGGAUGUUGAUCAUUCUAGACGCAGGAGGGAUCCCAGCAGAAGUCCAGGCAAACGAAAAAGAAGUCGGGACAAAGAGAGAGGCAGGGAUUCCCGAAGGAAAAGAGAGAGGGAUGAAGACAAACAUCACAGUCAUAAAAGAAGAAAAUAAGAGCGCUUAUAUUCUCAUUAGAAAUAUGUGAACAAUGUCAAUAAUAA